AUGCGGGUCGAUAGAGGCCUUCGAGAAACUUCCAUGGAUGGGAAUCGAUGGCUGUAUCGAUCGCGGCUCCCCGGCCUGGUGCUGGACGGCCUGCAUCCCGGCCUGGACUACACGGUGCAGCUGCAGCCCGUGGCCUUCUGGGGGCAGACGCGGCUCAAGGGCCCCCAGGCCACCCUGCGCUUCCGGGCACCGGACGCCACGUGGGAGCCGGAGAGCGACUGCGCGGGCGCCCGCAAGUGCUGCGCCAACGGCUGCGGACGCACCUGCCAGGGCCCGCGGGCCCGCCUGCGAGGCGUCCCCGCCAGGCCCAGGCAGGAGCUGAGAUUCCGCGAGUUCGAGUCCGGGCGGCUGGAGCUGCGCUGGUCAUCCAGGUCCAACGCGUCCCUCGAACCCGUGGUCUACGUGGUGCAGCGUCGAUGGAACCGUGGGAUCCACCCCAGCGAGGACGAGGCCACGCCGUGGCGGACGGUCACCCAGACCACCGAGGAACACGCGCAGCUGGACGACAUCCGGGCCACGCGCUGGUACCAGUUCCGGGUCGCAGCCGUCAACAGCCAUGGCACGCGGGGGUUCACCGCCCCCAGCAAGCACUUCCGGUCCUCCCGAGACCUACUGGGGAAACUGAGGAAGAACGGAACACAGGUUCAACCCCCUGCCCAGAGAAGUCAGCCUGCCCAACCCCUGGAAAUCGGGACACCCUUUUACCAAGAUGGCCAACUACAGGUGAAGGUGUACUGGAAGAAGCCGGAAGGCUCCAAGGUCAGCAAGUACCAGGUGGAGUGGUCUCCCGAAAUCUGUGCCCAAAACCAAACGGCCGGGCAGGGACCCUGGUACAUCUCCACCCAGGCCUCCUCCGUGACCCUCGCCCCCCUCGCCGCCUCCUGCCGGUAUCGGGUGCGGGUGGGGGGGGAGGAGCUGCUCUUCACCACCCCGCCCCUCCCCCGCCCCGCACAUCCGGGGCCCCCUGGGAAGCAGCUCCACCCCGCUCCUCCUGACAAGCGACCUCCAGGGAGAUACUGA